GUAAAGAAGAAUCAAUAAUGGCUGACAAUAGUUUAUUAGUAUCUACUGCUGUAAAGAGUCUCUUGGCAGACACCUCUAUUUUUGAUUCUAAAGUUCCUGAAAUUUCUAAAGAAAAUGAACUUACGGGAUCUACUUCAGAUGCUGAAGAAGAAAUGCCUCAGAUUGAAACUCGAGUUAUACUGGUUCAAGAAGCUGAAAGACAAGAACAACUUAUAAGGGCCUUAGAGGAAAUAAAAGUGCCCUACCUAAAGAUGGAAUCAGUGAAAGACUUUGAAGCUUCAGAUUCGCCAGAAUUUGAAAACAUAUUUGUGGUUAUGGACUUUGAGGAUGCUGUCUUCAGUGAUUUAUAUAAGGCCGAUUAUAGAAUUGUUGGACCCCCAGUUGUCCUUAAUUGUGCAAAAAAAGGAGAGCCUUUGCCGUAUUCCUGCCGCCCUCUGUACUGUGCAAGCAUGUUGAAUCUGGUGCUGUGCUUUACUGGAUUUAGGAAGAAAGAAGAGCUUGUCAAAUUGGUGACUUUGGCCCAUUACAUGGGUGGAACUAUUCGAAAGGACUUUAAUUCCAAAGUUACACAUUUGGUGGCAAAUUGUACACAAGGAGAAAAAUUCAGGGUUGCUGUUAGUCUAGGCACUCCUAUUAUGAAGCCAGAAUGGAUUUUUAAGGCCUGGGAAAGGAGAAAUGAACAGGAUUUCUGUGCUGCAGCUGAUGAAUUUAUAAAUGAAUUUAAAGUUCCUCCAUUUCAAGAUUGCAUGCUGAGUUUUCUGGGAUUCUCAGAUGAGGAGAAGGCUAAUAUGGAAGAAAUGACUGAAAUGCAAGGAGGCCAUUAUUUACCAGUUGGAGAUGAGCGGUGCACCCAUCUUAUAGUAGAAGAAAAUGCAAUAAAAGAGCUUCCAUUUGAACCUUCAAAGAAACUUUAUGUUGUAAAACAAGAGUGGUUCUGGGGCAGUAUUCAGAUGGAUGCCAGAGCUGGAGAAUCUAUGUAUUUAUAUGAAAAGGCUAAUACUCCUGAACUCAAGAAAUCAGUGUCACUCCUUUCUUUGAGUACCCCAAAUAGCAAUCGUAAGAGACGUCGCUUAAAAGAAACACUUGCUCAGCUGGCGAGAGAAACUGAUAUAUCACCAUUCCCCCCUCGUAAACGCCCAUCAGCUGAGCAUUCCCUUUCUAUAGGGUCACUACUGGAUAUCUCCAAUACACCAGAGUCCAGUACUAGCUAUGGAGAAACACCAAAAUCUUGUAGUAAGCCUUCCAAAAAUUCUACUCCGGUACCUCCAAAGCAAUCAGCAAGGUGGCAGGUUGCAAAAGAACUUUAUCAGACUGAAAGUAAUUAUGUAAAUAUACUCGCAACAAUUAUUCAAUUAUUUCAAGUUCCAUUGGAAGAGGAAGGACAACGUGGAGGACCUAUCCUUGCCCCGGAAGAGAUUAAGGCCAUCUUUGGUAGCAUUCCCGAUAUCUUUGAUGUCCACACCAAAAUAAAGGAGGAUCUUGAAGACCUCAUUAUCAAUUGGAAUGAAAGCAAAAGUAUUGGCGACAUCUUUCUGAAAUAUUCAAAAGAUUUGGUAAAAAUUUAUCCUCCUUUUGUAAACUUCUUUGAAAUGAGUAAGGAAACAAUUGUUAAAUGUGAAAAACAGAAGCCAAGAUUUCAUGCUUUCCUAAAGAUUAACCAAGCUAAACCAGAAUGUGGGCGUCAAAGCCUUGCUGAACUACUUAUUCGACCUGUGCAGCGGUUACCAAGUGUUGCAUUACUUCUAAAUGAUCUUAAGAAACAUACUGCAGAUGAUAACCCUGACAAGAUUACAUUAGAAAGAGCUAUUGGAUCAUUAAAGGAAGUAAUGACACAUAUUAAUGAAGAUAAGAGGAAAACAGAAGCCCAAAAACAAAUUUUUGAUGUUGUUUAUGAAGUAGAUGGAUGCCCAGCUAACCUUUUGUCCUCUCACCGAAGCUUGGUGCAGAGAGUUGAAACCAUAUCUUUGGGUGAACAUCCUUGUGACCGAGGAGAACAAGUAACUCUCUUUCUCUUCAAUGAUUGCCUGGAGAUAGCAAGGAAACGGCACAAGGUUAUUGGCACAUUCAAGAGUCCUCAUGGCCAUACCAGACCUCCGGCAGCUCUGAAACACAUUCAUCUGAUGCCUCUUUCUCAAAUUAAGAAGGUGCUAGAUAUAAAAGAGACUGAAGAUUGCCACAAUGCUUUUGCCCUGCUUGUGAGGCCACCGACAGAACAGGCAAAUGUGUUGCUCAGUUUCCAGAUGACGUCAGAGGACCUUCCCAAAGACACCUGGCUGAAGAUGCUCUGCCGACAUGUGGCCAACACCAUCUGUAAAGCAGAUGCUGAAAACCUUAUUUAUUCUGCAGAUCCAGAAUCUUUUGAAGUAAAUACAAAAGAUAUGGAUAGUACAUUGAGUAGAGCAUCCAGAGCAAUUAAAAAGACUUCUAAACGGGUUACCAGGGCAUUUUCCUUCACCAAGACUCCAAAGAGAGCUUUCCGAAGGACUUUGAUAACUGCACAGAGCAGCAUGGAGGGGAGGAGCCCUUGCUCGAGCAGUGACACUUACAUCGGCAGCCGCCUGACCAGCACAACCUCAUUAGCAGGUAUUCCAUCCCCUUCCCUUGUUAGCCUUCCAGCAUUCUUUGAAAAGAGGAGUCAUACUUUAAGCCGAUCUACAACUCAUUUGAUAUGAAGUUAUUCCUCUUAUAUGAUGUCUUAAUCCAGUGACUGACAAGCAGCCUAUUCUUGAGACAAGAAAUUGACUUAAAUAGUACUGUCAUUAGCACUUGAUGAAAACCAGGAGGACGUUAGGUAACACUAAAUUAACCAUUUGAAUUUUUUAAAGGGAUUAGUUGCUCAGUUAUAAGCAUAAAAAGUGAAGAAUCUGAUAUUGGUUUAGAUGUAAUUUAUUUGCUUAAACUCUUCUUUCUACGGCAGUAUCUUAAGUUAUUUCUAACAUCAGUAAUUUUGAUCCUUUGAUACAAUAAAUGAUUUUAUUGUUGGAUGCAAAGAUUCUGAUGUAGACUUUUGUAUAGUGCCUAGUAAUGAUCACAUGGAAUACAUCUGUAUAAUACUCUGUGAAGUGCAGAGGUCAAGUGACAUUGUCAAGAUUCUCACUGAAUAAAUGACUUCCCUGGUAGCUGACUCUGCAGACAAGUUUGCUUCACCAUGCUGCUUCAAGUACAGUGAUUUCUCUGUAUUGUGUAUUUCCAAAUCUGGCACAUAAGGAAAAAAUGAUAAUUUGUUCUACAUAAAAAAUGUGUAACUGACAGAAAUAAUCAAAGUCCUUUUAUAGAGUGUAGUGAGGACAUAGUUUUGAAAAUAUUGUAUGUUUUGCACAAAAAUAGGUCAGUGGGUACAUAUAGUUACUUCAGAGUCCAGAUGGUUUUUUUUUUUUUUUAUAUCAUACAUGUAGCAACUGGGAUACUUUUAAAAUUUAGUGAUAUAGUUUGUAAAAGCUCACUUUGAAGUAUAAGACUAUGAAAAAAUUAUACUGAUAAUGUAUUUAUAGCAUUUAAUCAAAGUUAUUUUGAAAGUUGGCACUGUUUGCUUAUCUGCUUUUAAAAUAUGCAUGUAUAUAUUUGGGCAUUUCAUUGUGAAAUCCAGAUUGUGAUUCUGAAUCAGGUGUAAAAUUAAAUUGAUGUAUUUACUGUAAAAAUAGCUCUGUCCCAAAUUUUCUAAUUUUAAUAGAAUAUAGUCUUGUUUUUUUCGUUAUAGUGAAUAUUAUGAAAUAAUCCCCCUUUUCCAUGGGUAUUCGUCCCCUUUUCUUAUCUGUUUAGGGACUAGUCUAAACACAUUAAUGCCAUUUAAUAAUUCUCAGGUUUCUGUUGUAAGACUUUGACUACAUACGAUUGUUGUAUGUUGUACAUGUAACUAGAGUGCUGCUUUUGAGGAUAUUAAAUGGCCUUUUUCUGAUGUGUUUUUAAAACUGAGAACUGUGUAAAUAAAGAUGUAAAACCCUCCAA